AUGGCCACGACAAGCAAAGCUGCAUCAUCAUCUGACCCAAGCAACAAGGGAGGCACUGCCUACCUUGCUACACAGUCAACAUUCGUUGCUAUUGCGACUCUUCUGGUUUUGAUUAGGGUCUAUGUUAGGACCGUUGUCGUAAAAAGCAUUGGACUAGAUGACGCCGUUAUUGUCUUGGCUCUGAUUCUUUCUCUCAUCGUCUGUGCGAUGACCAGCCUCACAGUGCACUAUAGUGCAUUGUACCUCGCCGGAGACUACUCAACAAAGGCUGAAGCGCUCCGCGACGUCACUACAGCUUUGAAGUGGAGCUCGAUAGCGGCGCCAAUUGGCAUCUUUUCCGGACUCUGCACAAGAUUGUCGAUAUGUCUAUUCCUUUUGCGCAUCUUCCGCACGAAAAGAGAAUGGAGAUGGGGCUUAUAUGCUGUCAUGGUCUUUGCCACAGCCGUCAUCAUUCCUACCAUUGUCUCUCUUUUGGCCCAGUGUUCACCAGUCCAAAAGCUCUGGGACCCGCUCUUGCCAGGCAGUUGCUGGUCACCCCGGACUGUUAUUGACAUAGGAUACUUCAACGGCGGAGCAUCGGUGUUAUGCGACUGGAUACUCGCCACUUUGCCAAUCGUAUUCAUGUGGAACAUACAGAUGAGAUUCACGGUUAAGAUUGGGAUUUGUAUCUUGAUGGGACUGGGUUACUUCACCGGAAUCUGUGCCAUUGUCCGGACCACACUGUUCACCGAUGGUACCUCUGGAGCAGAACAGGGCGGUUCAAUCCAAUCGGCCGUCUGGGCCAUCCUCGAAAUAAAUGUCGGCAUUAUAGCCGCCUCAAUCCCGACUCUCAAACCCCUCUUCAAUCCCUCACGCCCCUCGAUCUUUCGUUACUUCAAAUACCGCAGAACAUCCGAGAGAUAUCGCAAGACUUCCGAAAACACACUAGCAAUAGACACCGACGAUCAAGUCCAACUCAACAAACUUACGCUUAAUACUAUGCCGAGUGCCAUGCCUUCUUCUUUGUCUUAUUAUCAGGACAAGGGUAGAAAUCAUGGCAAAGUGUGGGAGGACCUGGAGUCUCAGGCUAGCAUGUCGAUUCCGGAGAAGGUGCAUCUUGCGGAGAGGGGCAGGGAGAUGGAGACGGGAUCGAAUUUGGAAUAUGUGGGUGAUGGUGAGGUGCAUGCUAUUGGGGAGUAUGUGGUUUGA